CUACGGCGUCAGUCUUGCCUCUUGUCUACUUCGUCAUGCUUCCCGCUCCCCCGCUUCGCCUUGGCCUCGCUUCACUGACCAUGCGCAACAUGUCUACGCGAGCUGCCAAUGGGCUGCCCGCGAUUCUCGAGAAACAUCCCGACGAUGUUGUCAUAACGUUUGCGAAGCGUACGGCGAUGGGGAGGGCGAAGAAAGGCCAGUUCAAAGAUGUUCCCGUGGACGAAAUGAUGCAGGCCAUGUUCAAGGCCGCGCUCGAGAAGACUAAGUUGGAUCCCAGUAAAAUAGACGACAUCUGCGUCGCUACAUGUCAUCCACCCUCCCCUGCCUAUGCAUCGAGAGCGGCUGCAUUAGCUGCCGGUAUACCACACCAUGUGCCCAUCACGGCUCUAAACAGAUUGUGCUCAUCUGGACUCAUGGCCAUUCGAUACAUUGCACAAGCUAUUCAGUCUCGCGAAAUAUCGCUCGGCUUUGCAGUCGGCGUUGAAAAUAUGACGCUGAAUCCUCGUCCCACCCCUUUGAUAUCUGAGGCAGUAGACAAGAAUCACCAAGCUCAUGAUUGCAUUCAGCCCAUGGGGUGGACCGCCGAGAUGGUCGCUCAGACGUACCGCGUUUCCCGAGAGAAACAGGACAUGUAUGCAUUGAUUUCGCACACGCGAGCUAGCCAGGCCCUUGCGAAUGGCAUAUUUUCCGAAGAAAUCUUACCAAUCGAGGUUCGGGGUAGCGUUAUCUCAGUCGACGAUACAAUUCGUCCUGGAGUGACGGUGGAAGGCCUGUCUGCUCUAAAGCCGGUCUUUCCCGACUGGGGCGAGGGGUCUACAACGGCUGGUAAUGCAAGCGGUAUUGGCGACGGGGCUGCAAUUUGCAUCCUUACCACAAGGGAGCGUGCACAACGAGAGGGAAUGGAUAUCGUCGGGAAAUGGGUUGGGAGCGCUGUUGUCGGUGUCGAACCGAGACACAUGGGUAUCGGCCCGAUAGUGGCUAUACCCAAAGUCUUGGCUCAGUUCGGUCUUUCCAAAGAGGAUAUCAACGUUUAUGAGAUCAACGAAGCAUUCGCGUCACAAUUUGCAUAUUGCGUAGAAGAACUCAACAUUCCUAUGGACAAGAUUAAUCCAAAUGGCGGUGCUAUUGCCCUGUCGCAUCCUCUCGGAAUGACGGGCGUGCGACAAGUAGUCACUGGCCUCGCAGAACUACGCAGGAGGCACGAAAAAGUAUUGUGUACAUCCAUGUGUGUAGGCAGCGGCAUGGGAGCCGCAGGGAUUUUUAUCAACGAGGCAUUGCCUUUAUCCAAACUUUAGUCGACACUCAUAUCCAUGUUCGUAUCGAUAUGUAACAUAAAACCAUAAAUUUCAUUCACCCUUUGAGAGCGGAAC